AUGCUGGGCGAAAGAGCGGCCCAGGAAGCCAUGGCCCCAGCCCUCCAAACGCGACGCGACCCAGCCCAGCCCAGCCCCGCUGCCGCCACCCCACAAUGCUCCGCGCCGCCCGGGAGUCCCCGAGGCGCGCGCGAAGCUGCUCGGGCGCCCGCAGGCCGGGUUCGCCAGGAGUCCCACACGUUGACGCCGCCCGCGCCAUCUUGGCCGAGGGCAGCCUUCCGCUAUUUCCGUUCCUUCUCUAACCGGGACCGCCAUCUUCGAUUGGCCUGGGCCAAAAACACUCAGGACCCUCGGAUUGCAGUGGGUUCCCAGUCCCCACUAGAAAAGAAGAUUAAGUUUGCCAAAGCGGAGGAGUACUACUAUCGACGGCAUCAGGCAAUGACGCUGGGAGAAGCAUGGAGAUACACGGUGGCUCCAAGGUGGGAAAUUAAAAUAGAGAGACAGAGACCACAAAGUGACAAAACAGGAGAUACUAAAAAAUGGGACUAUUUAGUGUCUGAGAGGGAGCUGGACCACAUAGAGAAGCACAUCUACCGAGCCGAACGAGCCAGAGGCCUCCGAGACCACAAGUACCGGCUCCUCCCUCAAAGGGUUCCAAGUGAAAUGGUCAUCCCCAAAAUACUAAGCCCAGGGAAGGAGGAGAAGACUGCAGCUGUCCAGAAAACCCAUAAAACUAAGACCAAAAAGCACAGGGCGGCCUGGGCAAAGGAACAGAUCAAGGGACAUCAGGAUCGAAUGAUUCGGGGGCGAGAGCUCACAGAGCAGAGAAGCGAGAGACUCCGUGCCUGGAGGGUCUCUGCUCCCGCUCCUCCUCUCCACAGGCCUGCAACACACAAGGAAGAAGAGAAAGAAUUCGAACGGAUCACAGCCUACCCGAUUGCCCAGCCUUACCAGGAAGCGCUCAUAGAAGUGACCAUCCUCACGGAAAAGUCCAGAAAAGAGGAAAACGUAAAGAAGCCACUCCGACGAGAGCUCUUGAGUAUGCCACCGUUUUUGAGAAGUCAACUAGAAAAAAAGGAAGUUUAAGUUAUUUUAUGGAUGAUUCUAUUUCUUUCGCAGGCUGGCAUCCUUUGACAACUGUCAGCGCAGUAAAAUCCCAUAACCCCCGAAUUGUGUCUCUGUUUGCAUCAAACUCGGGGUGGGGGGAGUUAAACCAAGUGUUUGUUUCACCUCUCUGAAGGAUUAUCCCGAAACUUAGUGACUUAAAACGACCACUAUUUUGUUGUAUCUCCCAAUUCCGUAAGAGGAGUUCAGACAGAGCUCGGCUGGGCGAUUUCUCUUCCCUGUCCUGCACUGCCAGAGCUGCUUGGGGAUGAUCAGGUGACAGCUGGACAAGAGGGUACAGGCCUCGUGCCCUUGGGGUGGACUAGAAGGCUGGGUUUAGCUGGUCCCAGUCCCUGUCUCCUCUCUCCACGUGGUUCCUGACCUAAUUUCACUGUGACCAGGCUCCAGUGACCUGUCAGACACCACAAGAUUUCUUGUGACCAAGCAUCCGCAGUCCCAGAACGUCACUUCUGCCAUAUUCUGCUGCUCAAACAAGUCACCAAGAUCAGUCCAGACUGGGGGCCAGCGGGCGGGUGGAGGGGGGAAAUAGACCCUUCCUCUCAAAGAAACUUGCAGCGAGCUUUUAAUCCACUACUGCAGGGCUCUGAAAAGUCCAUCACACACGUCUAUCCUCCUUUAUCCUUUCCACUGUCUUUU